AUGGAUCAUGAUUCCGAUAGCAAAGUGCAGAAGCAGCUAGAUGCAGCGAUGCCAUGGGUUGGCUUAUACAUCGCCGCAGCUUCUACGGUGUGCAUCCUUGCAAUGGUGGCCGACGCUUUCAACAGCUUCCGGCGCAAGAAGCUAUGGUUUCCCUGCAAAUACACCUCUCUUAACGCUGCUUCUUUGACUCUAUUAGCCGUGGCAAUGAAGUUGCCCAUGGAUCUCAACACCGUCAUGGUCAACACUGUCACAGACGCAGCUGCAAAGUUCACCAGCUUGCUCUUCAUGUCAACAGCUCUUAACACUCUGAUGCCUUCUCUGGGAUCCAUGAACGACAAAGAGCUGCUCACAAAUUGCGUUGGCCUAGCCCUUCUCGUGGUCACCAUCACGGCUAAUGUUUCCAUUCAUGCCAUUGAGGUGCAACGUUUCCUAUCACAAACAAUGAUCCCUUCUGUUGUGAUGUUAGUUUCUCUUGCGAUGCUAGUUUGCCUGGCGCUUAGCGUGUCAGCGAUGAAGAGGAGUCUGAAACUGAAGUACGAAGAGAAGCACAGAGAAGCUUUGGAGAAGGAGGAGGAACUGGUGGAGGGCUUCAACAUGGCUGAUCAGAGAAGACAGAUGAUGAAAUACUGGGUGAUGGCAGAGAGCAGCUGCCCUCAGUUUGUGAUAGCGCGUUCUAGUGUUUGCGCAGCUUCAUCUAUGAUCACCUUCUUUUUCGUGAUCCUGUAUACUUUUGUACAUGUAAUUCAUGGGAUAGUCAAGUAUGUGCCAGGAAAGUCGCCCUAUGGAGUUUACACCAAAAGGAUUAUAGAGAUUCAGUUCUAUGGGGUGGGGAUAGCCGUGAUUCUGGCUAUGUUGAGAUGGUUCGUCACCGUUAGGUUUCGUUGCUCAUCAACCAACACGUGGAUGAUUGAAAGCUACUGGAUUCAGACGCUCAGCGAGUGCAGAAACAGCUCUGCAGGCAUCAAAAUUGGGCCAAACAGAUGGGGCAAAUGUCUUCUUGAUGCAAAAUGGUGUGUGCUAACUCUCUGCAUUGGAGUUCAGAGCUUUAUUGUACUUACAAGCAAAUCCCUCAUCUUCUUUUCGAGAUUCAUGGUGGCUCCAUUUGUGUUUUGCUUCUCUCACAUCAACAAGUUUGCGAGACGCCAUCAUGGUACAUCACCGGGUGAUGAUGACAUGGAUCUGAACUACCUAAGCAGUUAUGUUCUGUUACUAGAUGGCGAGGUGGAGCUUCCGACAAGGUUCGUGAGAAGCAUGUGCCGAGAGGCUGACAGCAUGAUUCAGAUAGGUAGAGAGAAGAAGCCUUCCAACCUCAUAAAUCUUCUUGAAAAAUUUGAUAGCUCAAAUACUAGCCAAAUUACAACCUUAGUUUUAGCUCAUGAUUGUUGGACUCUACAAGUUGUCACUCUCACAAGCAUUGCCCUUGCCCUUCCCAACAUCUCCCAGCAUCAACGCAAGCAGUUGUUGAGCAGUGUGAGCGAAGGCCUUCCUCUUGCAAAAGUAGUCGAAAAAACUUUGGAUACUAAUGCUAAACCUAAAAGCAUUAGGAAAUCUACAAGUGCUACUUGGGUGGAACUGCUAGUUUACUUCAAGUGGGUUGAGAUCGAUCUAAGAAAUGGAUUUCUAUGGUGCAGAAACAGUAAGCAAGUCUUGCAAGAGCUCUCCGAUAAAGCUGAAGAGAUCGUCAUGGAGUGGAAGAGUCAAUCACAAGAUUCCAAUAUGGGAAAUCCUCUAAACUUCCCAGCAAGAGCUGUGGCUGCAAACUCCAUGUACAGAAUUUGUCAAACCAUUUUGUUGUCCUAUGGUGAAGAGGAAAGCUGUGAGGAAAUGUGGGAGAGAUUAUGCGUUAUGAUCGCAGAUGUUUUUUCUGCGUGUCUCACCAAUUUGCCACAUGCUAUAACCAAAAUGUGUCACCAGAGUUGCAUUGAAAAGAAAGACAAGACCGUACGCGAAGCAUUUCUGCUUUUGGGAAAGACGGAAGAAGUUCUCGGAAUUGUUCGACGACGACAGAAACGGUUAUGUAUAGAUCAUGACAAUGAAGGCUUGACGAUGUCAAGUAUGAAUGACUUGGUUGUAAGUGUAGAUUGUUGA